CAAGCGUUCUACGGCUCCAAUUUCUCUGACUUCUCCCUGAGCCUUUGCGGCCGGCUGGAGCUGGACGGUCCCCGGGCAGCGCAGGCAGCCGGACUGCGGGAGUCACCUCCAUGGCCUCGGCUGCUACUGCAACCCUCCCCAAGGUUCAGUUGAGGCCAAGAUGCAACAGCUACUUCCAGGUCCGCCCCGUCCUUGCACUCCCUCUCCCCUCCCGAAAGUUCAGCUCAUCAGUUGCCCUGUUGAUUCGUUCCAACAUGCCCUCAACCCUAAGGUGACCGGUCAAGUCCAUGCCCACACCAAAACAUGCGGUGCCUGCAAGUGUCCGACCCAUAUCCACGGGUUGCUUGUUUCAGCUGGAGGAAGGAGGACAUUCCUGCCGGUGUCUGCAGUUGGAUCAGGUCAGGGCUCAUCGGUCACUGAGGCCGACAGGAAGAGCGAUUUGUCGCUGGAGAACGUCAAGACGUCCGUUGUAUCCCGCGACGGUGAAAAGAUUAAUGUACGAGUGCAGUUGCCUGGAAAGGCGACGCAAAAGGUGUUUGAUGAGGCUCUGACGUUCUUGGCCCGUGAUGCGCCACCGGUUCCUGGUUUUAGAAAGUCCAAAGGAGGGAAAACAUCAAAUAUACCCAGCAGCAUCCUGCUGCAGAUGCUUGGCAAGAGCCGGGUCACCAAAUUCGUUCUUCAGGAAAUACUGAGCAUCACCAUUGAAGAAUUUGUCAAGAAGGAAAACCUGAAGGUGAAACCUGAGAUCCAGACAACCCAGUCCGAAGGCGAGAUGGAGUCCGCGUUCGCGCCGGGAUCAGCAUUUGGGUUCAAUGUUGUCCUUCAGCUCGAGACACCUGACUCUGAUGAUCCAGAGGAGAAACCUGGCUCUGAUGACGAUUUACAGGAGGAAUCUGGUUCCUCGGAGUAGAAAGAAAUGCAUAUCGCCUGCAUGCAUUUAUCAACCUUCUUCAUGUGCCAUUCCUUAUGAAUGAAUGUACUGAAUGGAAAGCCGUUGCAACCGUUUUGAGUUGAGAGUUGCAACUGAAACAUUUCUGAAGAUAUGAGUGGCCGACUCGCCUCUCUUAACAUGUUGACACACAGCGAGCAUACGCUUCAGAAAUCGGAACCUGCUGCACAUAUGAUUGGAACUGAAGAAAAUGCGCGUGGGAGGUCCAUGCCCACAAUGAUAACACACUAGAGCUUCAGCUUCCAGCGCACACUACAACAAGAUCUUAUCCGCUUUGUCUGGAGUAUCAUCCGUUGACAACUCGGCUUCCAACUACCAGAUCAAUCAUUCCGGGUGCUCCCCACCUCCCAAGGUUCACACUCCCCCACAUCGCCAGUGACCUACCAACUGCACAUAUUAUUCGUUCCUUUUUUUUCCAGAGAAAACCAGCCGCAUAUAUUCUUGGAGAGGAGAAAGACCCGGCCCUAAACAUUUGCACUUCUGAUUCUAUGGCCCAUGAGAAUUCCCUGUCAUGACAGUAUUUUGCAACUUCCUGACAUUAUUGUUUCAGUGCUGAAAUGUUCACGUCAUGGGUAGUAGCCAAGUCAUUAUACCAGAAAGAAGACAUUUCAUUAGGAAACAUGAUCAGACUCAGGACCUGGGAUGAUCUGGUCUACCACCUUAUUCUCUAUAUUCCUAUCACGCUUCCAAUAUUUUUUUUUCUGACGAUGAAUAGAUACACGUUAACACCUUC